CCUUAAAGUGUCAACAUUUCAGAGAAUUUCUGAGGUCACGCUUCUCUAACGGGUUAACUCGAGUGUUUCUCGCUAAACAUUUACUCAGUGAGCAGGAGCUGGGCGUGGCCCUAACACCACCGCUCAGAUGUUUCGGGUUCUGGUACAGGCACGGGAUGGAGGCGUGCGAAGGCCAGCAAGGGGUCCUGAGGGAUCUAAACAAGAGGCUCAGUAGCUUCCUGGAGCACGCAGCUGAGCUUCAGGAGACCAACCGGGGCCUCCAGGAGCAGAUUGCGACCUGGAGAACGCCGCUAGAGAGAGACUGGAGCUCGCAGGAGAGGACAGUGGAGGAGCUACGGGCUCAGAUUGGCCACAUGCUAAUGGAAAAUGCUGAGCUGGCUCUGUGUAUAGACCACGUUCAGUCCACAGUUCACUAUGUACAGAGCAGAUGUGAGCUGGAGCAGAAGUUGCAUCUGCGCCUCGAGCAACUGAUACCAGAGUUGAGACAGAAGAGGAUGAACCUAAAGCGAGACAACACACUGCUGGAGGAACAGUUACACACACACACACUGAAACUACACAGCAUGCAGGAUGAGCAUGAGAGGGAGUUGUUUGUGCAGCAGCAGCAGGCAGCAGUAGGGGAGGAUGGCAGAGGAAUGGAGCUCUGGCGUUUCGGCCCAGCACACGGUGACCACGGUUCAGCUGCACUCACAAAUCCGGCCCCAGGCUUCAGGCCCGCGGCAUCCACCAGGCCCAGGACGGACACGCCCCGUCCGCCCGCUCACAGACCUCCACAGGAGAGUCGGGGUGAUGAGGACUUGCGGGAGGCGAGGGCGGAGCUCACAGAAGUUCGAAAGCGAUGGCACAGUUUACAGGUGGAGGUCGAGUCUCUACAUGCCGUGGAGCGCAGUCUGCAGAGCUCUCUGAAACACACGCAGCAUCGGUACUCGCUGCAGCUGCAGGAUCUGUCGCGCUCUGUGUGCGAGCUGGAGGCCGAGCUGGACGGCGUGCGUGAAGGUCUCGCCGCGCAGAAGCAACACCACCACCAGCUGCUCAACACCAAGAUGAGGCUGGAGAGAGAGAUUGCCACCUACAGGAGACUGCUGGAGCACGAGGAGGGCAGGUAUUUCAGCGUGGACGGCCCUCCGCGGAAACUGAAGCCCUGGAAACUGGCGAGUCAGCAGAACGGAGUGUGCAACAGCUUCGACAAAGAAAGCAUUGUUGAUAAAAAGCCUUUCAACCAGCAGGGCAGCCUCGUCAUCAUCACAGAUCCCAUCGUGAGCAGAGACGGUGAAAUCAGCACGGUGAAGACUCAGGAGAUUGUGGAAGGAAAAGUAGUGCGAGAGAGUGCUGAGGGACAUGGACGAGUCGAAACGGAGAAGAUCGAUAAGGUCAUUAAACAGUGGGAAGGAUCGUUUUUCCAAGGCAACCCCAAGCUGAGGAAGAAAUCCGUGUCCUUGCGCUUCGACCUGCACAUGGCUGUAUCUGACGAAGGCUGUGCUCAGACCAAGCAGGACAGUUUACCAGACGUGGAGGUUCGGCUGGUGAUGAAACGAUCCCGCAGCAUCCCCUCCAUAACGCCGUGACCUCGUACCGAAAGCCAGCAGGGUCAAAACGUGCGUCGCUAGCACAGAAUUGUUAUUUUUAUUUUUUAAAUGGAGAAUGUGCUACAUUAGUCUUAUAUGUGGGGGUGUAGGGUGCCAAAACUUUUAUCCUGGAUUUAAGCGGUAUGAUAUUUCCUGUGUUUGCAUCAGUGAAUUUAUAUCAGAGGCAAUAAUGGCGUCCUUGAUUAGCAAGGAUGUGCACUUACACGUUGCUAGCGUUCAUCAGCAGAAGUUUCCAGAAAUCUAAAUAUUUACAUUUUCUUUUUUUUACAUCAUAUCCAGUUUAACACUCCAGAUGCCUGACUGGAAGAACAGUUGGUUAGCGGAGGAUUCGAAAUCUUAGCAAAAGUCUCACCUGACUAGCAUUCCAGCUAAGCAAAAAUCUAAUAUCAUUCACAAUGAACUCGAAAUCUGGGUGCAGUCGCAGCCAUUGCGCUGAAAAUCCAUUCAUUAGCGCAGCAUCAGAACGAUGAGCUGCAUACUAAACCAUGAUGAGAAAGAACCUUGCGCUCAGUGGGAGAAUUAUGGCAAUUUAUUUGCUGUGUUAAGGAAAGAAAGAAAGCGGUUUCAGCUAGUUGAAAUGCUGGCGAAGCAAAUCUUAGGCAGAUGCUAGAAGAUUUAGCGACACGAUCUUCGUCUGCCAGUUGCUGAGCUGCUGAACACUCGCUCAUUCACUUCACUUUAUUAUAUUGUCGUUGGUGGAUCCAACUUUAGCUUCGGAGGUCCGGAGGCGGUGCGCAGCAAGGUGGUAAACAGUGAGGCAGAAUGCACUACGAUGUGAGUUUGAGUUCACACAGUAAAUCUGGCUAUUUAUUAUCCAUACCAGCCAAUCAAAUUAUUUACCAGAAUAGCUUAGCCAGCUAGCUACAAACAUUUUACUCAGCUAGCUAGACAACAAGCCAUUGAGUGUAUCACCGCUAACUUCCUUUCUAACCUAUGCCGAUUUUCGUAGCACCUUUGUAAAACCAUCAACAAAUCUCAUGAACCAACCCCUUAGCUAAUUGCUAAUGCUAAAGACCAUAAUUUAUUUUUUUUCUCGAUGCAUUCGAGGAUGAUUUAUUUAAUUUCAUGAAAUGGAACUUCAUCAUCAGCAGUUUGUCAUUAGCAAACAUUGUCAUGCUAAAUUGUUGAAUUUAGUCUAAAAUUCUGAGGUGAAUGUAGCAAGUCUCUGAGGAAACAGUUGGAAUUUGCCAGUACUUAGCUUGCUAACUUAGCAUAACUCAAACUGGCUUAAAGCUACUAGCUUUCCUCUUGCUUAAAACUAUUAAAGAAAUUUUGCUGAGGGAAAAAAAGAAAUAUUAAAGCAAAAAUGUUUUAUUCUAAUAAACAGCAUGAAAAAAAAACAGUAAAAUAGUUUCAUAUUUUAUAUUUUGGCAAGAAAAAUACAAGUUUAUGUGGUAAUACAAAUAUCUGAACACUUUAAUAUUACAACUGAUAUCCUGUACUAAAGCUGGCUAAUUAGCAAGAUAGCUAGGCUAGCGCUAGGUUUGAUUAGCUCAGAAUUUAGAUUAGAGAAGAACGCUAAAGCUAAAUACAGAAAAAGCAUUUUGAAUCGCUAAAGAACUCUUGCUAGCUUAGCAAAGCACACAGACCCAGCUUUAAUUGUAUACACUGCUUUCAUGUAGCAGAUUAGCUAGCUAGCAAUCCAGCUAGUCUAGCUUGUUAACAACCCACUUACCUGACAUUUCAGCUGGAAAGCUCAUGUAGCAGAUUAGCAUUGACACGCUGUGAAGGGAAAAUCGUAUCUGAUCUUUUUCUUCUUUUUUUUUUUAAUGUAUUGCCAUUUUUGACCAUAUUUACUUCUUUUAGUAAAAAAAAAAAAAAAAAAAAUUCAAUCGGUUUUUUUCAAACCAAAGUUUGUGAUUAAUUAUGCAACGUACCAACGUGCUUUAUCGUGAAACAUCAUCGGGUCACGUGUGUACCGGUGACAUGUCCCACUGUAACCCACUGUAAACCCCCCUGAGCCUCUGAUAUCGCUGUGCUGCAUCUCACUUUUCAUCAUCAAGCGAUCGCAAACACUCGCGCUAAUCCACAUCAUGCUGAACCAGUCGGAAGCUACGAUCCUGUCCUCCGCUUACAAAUGCACUUUGAAACAAUUUAUACGUCGUGUUUACUUUAUUUUCUUAACUAUAUACUUUUUUGCAACUCUAUGUAUUUAAUUUAAUCAGGAUAUUCUGCUUCCUUUUCCUCUGCUGUAUGAGAGGUGUCGAAAUGAAAUAAAGCUACCGUUAAUAAA